AUGGCUGGUGUCAAGUUCUUCAGAUUGAUCCAGAAGGCCUUCGAUAGCCUUGUGUCUAAUCCUGACACAUUUGGUAGCCCUGUGUCUAAUCCAGACGCCUUUGUUAUUCCUGUGUCUAAUCCAGACACCUUUGGUAACCCUGUGUCUGAUUCAAACACCUUCGGUAGCCCUGUGUCUAAUCCUGACACCUUUGGUAGCUCUGUGCCUGAUUCAAACACCUUCGGUAGCCCUGUGUCUAAUCCAGACGCCUUUGGUAGCUCUGUGUCUAAUCCAGACGCCUUUGGUAGCCCUGUGUCUAAUCCAGGUACCUUUGGUAGCUCUUUGUCUACUCCAGACACCUUAGGUAACCCUGUUUCUAAUCCAGACAUCUUUGGUAGACCUGUAUCUAAUCCAGACACCUUUGGUAGCCCUGUGUCUAAUUCAGACGCCUUUGGUAGCAUUGUGUCUAAUCCAGACAUCUUUGGUAGCCCUGUGUCUAAUCCAGACGCCUUUAGUAGCACUGUGUCUAAUCCAGACACCUUUAGUAGCCCUGUGUCUAAUCCAGACGCCUUUGGUAGCUCUGUUUCUACUCCAGACACCUUAGGUAACCCUGUGUCUAAUCCAGACGCCUUUGGUAGCACUGUGUCAAAUCCAGACAUCUUUGGUAGCCCUGUGUCUAUAAUCAAGGCGCCUUUGCAUAUAUAUCGUCUUCAUUGUGGACUCUGGGCAGCAAAUGUACAAGCGAGUGGUGACUUCAACGCGCUGGCAGUAGUGAUCUCUAGAAGGCUGUUGUGGAACAGGCUUUUUAGAGAUCACUACCGCCAGUGCGUUGAAGUCACUCGCUAG